AUGCUUUCACGUUCAUUUAGAAUUGCUUCAAAACAGACCAGAUGUUUAUCAACAUCAAGAAUUUUAGCAAAUAAAACUGCGGAUUAUGCAUCAGAAGCUACAAGAAAAGUUAAAACAGCUCAAGAUUUACAAGAAGUUACCGGUCCAGCAUCAUUAAUUGGUCCAGGUUCAAAACCAGGUGUAAUACCAACUGAUUUGGAUCAAGCUACUGGUUUACAAAGAUUAGAAUUAUUAGGUAAAAGAGAAGGUAUUGAUGUUUUCGAUAUGGAAAUGCCAAUCACUGAAGGUAAAGGUACAAUGGCUGAUCCAUUUUUAGUUCCAACUUAUAUUGGUUAUAGAUAUGUUGGAUGUAAAGGUACUUCUCAACUUGAUCAUAAACCAUAUUGGAUGAAAGUUGAAGAAGGUAAAACUUCAAGAUGUUGGCAAUGUGGUACUGUAUUAAAAGCUAAAUAUUUAGGUGAACCAGGCAUGGCUCAUUAA